AUGGAGUAUUUGAUGGUUGGGCCUGAAAUGCUGCAAGAAACUAAGGAGAAAGUUGAACUUAUUAGAGAAAAGCUGAGAGCAACUCAGAGUCGACAAAAAUCUUAUGCUGACCGACGCAGAAGAUCUCUAGAAUUUGAGGUUGGUGAUCACGUAUUCUUGAGAGUAUCACGCACUACAGGUGUAGGGCGAGCCUUAAGAGCCAAGAAGUUAACACCUAAGUUCAUAGGACAAAAGUAUGUUCCUGAUUCGUCUCAUAUAAUUGAGCCUGAUGUUGUGGAGUUACGAGAUAAUUUGUCUGUGGAGGUCCCAGCUGCUCAUAUCGAGGAUACUAGAGUUAAGGAACUUAGAGGCCAGUCUAUUCAGUUAGUAAAGGUUGUUUGGGACCCAGUAACUGGUGAUGCCACAUGGGAGUUAGAGGAAAGAAUGAGAGUUGUACCCUUAUCUUUUCUCUGA